GGGUACAAACAUUUGUACGGUGAAUUUUUGAAUUUGGAGGUAAUGUCAUCCCGGAGAGGCGAGCUGCUGAGCGUGGACGAAGUGCUAGACGCUGUUUUCCUGGACGAUAACAGCGAUGUGGAGCCCAGCAUCGAUAGCGACGAUGACGACUGGGAUGCUGAGCCUGGCACUGCUGAGGAAGUGGUCGAAAUUGCUGAACCCGAUGACGGCGACGAUGUCAAUAUGCCCACCCCUGAGAAUCCAGCUGAGAACGUAGCUGAAGUCCCAGGUGAGGGCGUCUUAGUCAGCCAAGAGGAUGAGAAUGAGCCGGUCGUUGUUGCAGAAGUGUCUGCCAGGUCACACAAACCAGCAGUGGAGCAGCUUGCUCCAGGAGAUACUGGCCAAGAAGGGUUGUGGCGUAUGGAUGAAAACAUUCCCGUCAUCCCAGAAUUUACUGCCGACGCCGGCAUGAACGUCAACGUGCCGCCAGAGCCAACGCCGUAUGAUUUUGUGAAGCUGUUCUUCACUCCGGAACUAUGGCAGCUGCUGGUGACUGAGACAAACAGAUAUGCAGAGCAGUACCUGGCACAAUUUGGUGCAGAUCUAACGCGACACAGUCGACUGAAGAAGUGGGUGCCCGUCACUGUGCCAGAGAUGAAAGUCUUUCUCAGCCUCUAUCUGCUGAUGGGCAUAGUGGUCAAGCCAGAGCUAGAUAUGUAUUGGAGCACCGCUGCACUGCUGAGUACGCCUAUCUUUGGCUCAUCUAUGCCACGAGACCGUUGGUGUGCAAUACUAUCUUUUCUGCAUUUCGCUGACAAUGCGACAGCUGAUCCACAGGACAAGCUUGCAAAGCUACGCCCGCUGAUCGACAUGACGUGUGGUCUGUUCCGAACAGUCUAUACACCAGCGCGCCAUGUGUCUAUCGACGAGGAGCUAGUGGCUUGGCGUGGCCGUUUGCAAUUUCGCCAGUACAUUCCAUCCAAGCGGGCCAGGUUUGGUGUGAAGGUAUUCGCGCUCUGCGAGUCAAGCGGAUAUAUGUGCGACUACAUUAUCUACGUCGGCAAGGACACAACAUUUGAUGACGACAUGGUGCGUACCCUGGGAAAGUCCGGUGCCGUCGUAGGCAAGCUGAUGGAGCCUCUGCAAAACAAGGGUUAUCAGUUGUACAUUGACAACUGGUAUACCAGCAUUGAAUUGGCUACUUACCUUGCGCAGCAUGGCACCACGAUGUGCGGCACAAUCCGCAAAAACCGACGCGGGCUGCCAAAGCGCAUCACAAACUACCGUGGUCUGUCGCGAGGAGAGUUUGUGUUUCGCUCGUGGAAUGGGAUCCUAUUCCUGCGACUGUCCGACACCAAGGAAGUGCAUUUCCUGUCUACCAUCCAUACGACUAGUAUCGUGGACACCGGAAAGCGUGACGUCCAUCGCCUCCCGGUACAGAAGCUGGCGCUGGUUCACGACUAUAACCAGUAUAUGGGAGGCGUCGACAGAAACGACGAGAUGAUGAGUUUUUAUACAGCUGCGCGAAAGACCCAGAAAUGGUAUAAAAAGCUUGCCAUCCAUCUGCUAGAAGAGUGUCUUCUGAAUGCUUUCGUGUUGUUCCGGAAAUUCAGCGGUAAAUCGAAGAAGCACUCCGACUUCAUCACGAUCGCAUUGAACGCCAUGCUGCAGGAUGGAAGGAGAUCUGGUGCUGCUGCUGCCUCAGCUGCUCCGGCCACACCUGUAGCACGCUCUGUUGCAGCGAGUGGUCAUGUGCCCUGCAGUAUACCGAGCACUCCAAAGAAGACGAAGCCACAGAAGAAGUGUCGCUACUGUUCGCGGAACAACAUCAGGAAGGAGUCUCGGUAUUGCUGCAUGAAAUGUCCUGGCCAGCCUGGACUCUGUGCUGCUCCUUGCUUUGCCCUGUGGCAUGAGUAACUGUACAUAUGUUAUAUAAUUCACCUGUAUAUAGCCACUUUUCAUGAUAUAUAUAUCCAUUGAGUGUAUAUAAGCCGAAAACCUGUACAUGAAGGGAAAAGUGACAUCUGAACGCAAAAAUUCAAUUUUUCUUUAUGCUAACUAGAAGCUCCUAGAGUGUUUUAGACUGCUAAAAUUGUUGUAU